AUGCUUGACGAGGACGUCUUCCGACUCCAACUCCAGGACCUCCGUCCGACAAGUAGCGAUGACACCCCUUCUCCGUGGUACCUCAGCCGUUACUUUGUGCAGUCCUCCCCCAACCGCAGGGUCUUUUCAUCUCUGCACCAUUUCUCUCUCCUUGAGAGUCGGGCCACCGACGAGCUGGCCUCAAAUCUUUUCGUCUGGCCUGCGAUGCAGAAAGAACUGAAGGCUUGGACACGGGCGUGUCUCGGCUGUCAGCAGAAUGGUGUCCUGCGACAAAACAAGGAUCCCAUCGAACUUUCCCUAGCCUCGCUAUAA